AUGCCAUCUAUAAGGACACCUUCUGAGGUGACCUUUGAAGAUGGCGUGGAUCACUUCGCCGACUUUGAUGGUACCCAUACGCCCCAAGAAGAUGGAGAGCGUUGUGAGAAUUUCGACGAUGGACCCUCGUACACUACAUCGGAGAACAAGAACAAUCACUGUGACGAGGAAGUGACCCAGAGUAAGCGACAACAUCAAGAUGGAAGCAGGAUCAAUGAUCAACGGAAUUGGAUAAGGAGAAUAUGGGUGUGGCUGAGGAAGAUUACCGACGUAUGCUUGGCGUCCAUAUUUGGUUUGGUACUCCGCCGUGGAGGUGGCUGA